UCUGUGUAUGUUUGCAUUGGGUCCAAGAGCUAAGACCAAAGGAUUCAAAAAGAUACACAGACUUGUGGAAAGCUUGCGGAGAAAGAGAGGAAUUGCUUGUGGUUGGCAUUACAGAGUGUGUCUACAAGAGUAAGGAAGAAAAAGGAGAAAAGCGACUUGGAAUUGAACAUUUAAUAUGGUUCUGGUGGAGGGUCUGAUCUUCAUGUUAUGGCCCCUCAGCAGUUUAUGUCAUGAAUCACCAGGUGAUCCAUGGAGCAGCUGUCCAACAGAUAAAAUGUGCAAAGACAAGUUUGCGAAUGGAGUAUGCAAUGAGGAAUGUUCUGGCUCACAGUGUCUGAAAGACGGCUUUGACUGCCUCAUGCCCAAAGAAUCCUGCAAGCCUGGGUACAUUCAGUACUGCCGUGACCACUUCGACAAUACGCAGUGCGAGAAGAGCUGCAACACUGCUCCCUGUGGGUGGGAUGGUUCAGACUGUGUAAAAAACUACAAAAACAAGCGUCCCAACUGGGCCAAAGGAACGCUGAUCCUGCAUACAACAAUUCCCUUACAAAAAGUGGCGUUGCAGAACAGUUCAUUACUUUGGGCUCUUAGCAUCCUGCUCCAAACCAGCGUCAAACUAAGAGGAGUGGUGCCACUACAGCCCAGUGCCAAUUUCCUCACUAUGGACGCACAACAGCUGAUGGAUUUGUACCAACAAGCGCCUAACUACAACAGCAACAGGACUUUAUUGUUCCUACAAGUGGAUAACAGGCCAUGCUCCCAGCUACAGUUCUCUUGUUUUCCUUACGCAUCGGAAGCAGCAGGUUUCCUAAAUGCCAUGCUGGAGUUGAACUCUGCCCCGGCCCACAUCAAGCCUGAGAUCCAUGCACUCCUCAGCAUCCGGGGCAUUGAUAAGGAGAUCACAGUGGUCAUACCGGCCAUCAAGACUUCUGAUGGUUCUCCUGCAUGGCUGUGGCCCGUGGUUGGCACUGCGGUGGGCAUCGGGGUAGCACUGGCUGUAGUGGGACUUGCAGUACUGGUAUGGAUCUGGAAAAGACGGCAGAGAAGAGAACAUGGAGACAGAGUGCGUCAUAGAUCUACUGUAACUGACAACAACAGUGAGAGCAAAUCCUGGACACAACGGUCUUCUGAGGAGAACAAAAAGAAUGGAAGGAUAGCUAGGGAGAAGGACAAAAAUGACAUGAAAAAGAAGAAGAAGAAAGGGAAGGACCUGGGAAAGAAGCGCAGGGAACCACUCGGAGAGGAUUCCAUCCGUAUGAGGCCUCUUAAGAAGACGGUGGACAUCGGCAGUGACACAGACGUGACCCAGAGCUCAAUGGAGGACAUUAGCAGGACAAUCUGUGACCACAGAUCUCCAGAUCAGAAACAUUUCAACAUCAGUCACCAGCAAGUCCCCAUAAGUCCUCCAAGAAGGUGGGACAGGAACUCAAUUCCUUCACAACAGAGGACCCCAAGCAAUUCAGCUCCAGUGCAAUGGUGCGGACCUGACGGCUCUGUGGUUCUGAUCCGAGCUGUCAGGAGUGGCCUCGAUCGGGUGGUGCUGGAGCUCCUUAGAGCUGGGGUGCCUGUCAACAACACCGACCACACCGGGAGAUCCGCCCUGCACUGGGCAUGCUCAGUAAACCACCUCUCAUUAGCUCGGACACUGAUACGUUACGGCGCUGCUGUGGACAUGCAGGAUCACAAGGGUGAGACAGCUCUGUUUCUAUCAGCUCUCCAUGGCUGCUACGACACAGCCAGGUUCCUCCUACUAAAUGGCGCCAAUCAGGAGCUGGCAGACCGUAGGGGGCGUCGGCCAAUAGAUGUGGCCCAGGAAGGAUUCCGCCAUCAGAUCCUUGAGCUUCUACUGGCCCACCGGGUCCACCAGAGCCCGUAUCCUGUGGCCCAAACUACUGAGGUGCUAUGGGAUGAUCGCACGUACAUGUAUUCUCCAUGGGUGGCGUCGCCUCCAUGCCUGCCAGGAAGGAGCUCUUCGUUUUCUGGAGUUGUAGCACCCAGGGAGAUGUCUUCACCCCAGCCCAGUGACUGGCAAUAUAUGACACCUCAAAGCUGGCGGCCACUGACAAACCAAUCCACGACGGCACUAGUCAGCCCCAGGAUCCUUAGCCGCCCAUCACGUCCAAUCAGCACUCUGCAGGAAGUGACCUCAGAGGCAGAGGAUGAGGAAAGAGAUGGAGCACAUCAAGUCAUCAGAGCGACAACACCCCACUUCCUGUGUCCUCAGCCAGCACCCCGGCAACGUUCGUUCUCCUGCACACAACCUGCUCUGCAGCGCCGCCUAAGCGCCAACCAACCAGAGCCAGGAGUCAACGACCUGCCGGAGAAACUAGCUAACGAGCAAGUGGAAGUAGUGGUCGUACCCCACCCUAAGCCAAGCUCCAGCAAAUCCGAGAGCAGAAGUGCAGGGAUGGUGUCUAACACAGACUCUGGGAGAGAGAGGAAAAAGAGCUGCGAGACAAAAAGUCAAACUCAAGUGGUCAAUACCGAACCCAGGUCAAUUCAGACUGUUAUGUGAUCGCAACAGAUUUUCAUGAAGCUAUGGAUUGCAAAAAGUUUCAAGUUUAAUUCCAUUACCCAGCACUUUAUUUUUUUUAUACAGAGCUAAUGCAUGUCUAUAUUUUUUAAAACUACACUAAAUACAAUACACUUCGUUUUAGCAGUCAGUCGAAUUCAUGCAAAAAACAUUAAAAAAAAUAAAAAAAGCUACAUAUGCUAAAUGCACUCUAUUUUUUUACUUUAAGUAAUGCAUUUUUGAAAUUAUUUUUUACAAAUUGACAGGUAAAUAUUAUUGAUGUAUUAUUUCAUUCAAGUUUUUACUUUUGGAAAUGUUUGUGUAUUAAAAUGUUACAUGAAAUUUUUAUAUAUAACUUUUUCUAGUUUAAUUAAAAUUGUAUUUAGCUCCAAGAUGGCUUUUGCUUAUUUUUUUUUUAUUGAUCUGGCGUUUAUAAAAUUAACCUCUUUAAGCUGUACUGUAUGUUAUAUAGUUGCUUUAAUGUUAGCCCUAUUAAUUUCAUCACAUGAAAGAAAUUAUGCAUAAUUUUGCAAAUGGUUUCCAUAACUAACUAAGAGAAGAACCAAUGCUGGUGUAUUUGGGCUUUUGUAGUCAGUUGUAUGUAUUAUAUAAUAAUAAUAACCCUUUUUUAUUAACCCUGUAUGAA